AUGAUUAAACCCUUGGCUCUCGUCUUUGACCUCUCUUACAGAGCAGCAAGUCACAGAGUUCGUUUCGCAAAGGUAAGCUGUGGAGUUCCCUCUUCCCCUUUAAAAAUAAGAACAUAAGAUGAGCCUGCUGGAACAGGCCAAUGGCCCAUCGAGUCCCCCUUCCUGUUCUCAUAGCAGCCAAGCAGAAGCCCCAAUGGGAAGCAGACAAGCAGGAUUCGAAUACGAGCCCCCUCUCCAUUCCUCUGGUUUCCAGCAACUGGUGUUUAGAACCAUUGCUGCCUCUGACUACGGAGUCAGAUCAUCCAUCGUGGCUAGAAGCUACGACAGCCCUCUUUUCCUCCACGGAUUUGUCCAAUCCUCUUUCGAAGCUGGCCACCCCUGCCUCCCGUGGCAAUGAGUUCCAUAGUUUGCACUGCGCGAAGAAGGACUUCCUUUUAGCUUUUUGUUUCUGAAGUUUUGGCUUGUUUGUUCAACAGGCCAUGAGUGACAGCGGCUUCCACGUCCUGUCUGUUGACUACCGAGGUAAGUUCUGACGCACAAAUAAUGCCGGGCUCUUGCGGGACACGCGGAUGAUGUGUUUCCCUCUGAUCCUUCAUCCGAUGCCUCCCUCCAGGCUACGCAGACUCCACCGGCCACCCCAGCGAAAAUGGCUUCACCACGGACAUCCUGUUUGUCUACGACUGGGUCAAAGCCCGCAGCCGCAACAGCACAGUCAUCUUCUGGGGCCACUCGAUGGGCACUGGGUAGGUUUUGCGUUCUCAGUCCUGUCUCCAGACACCCUCUUUAUUGUGGAUUCUGUUGGAAACACGCCCGGGAAGGCUGCCAACUUCCCAAGUCAUUGGGACAUCUCUCUGGCCGUAAAUCUCCCUCAGUCCAGAGGGACCGGUAAUAAGCGACCCCUCUCCUCUGAGAAGAGCACGCUAGUCUUCUAGCUUAUAGUAGCAGAAGAGAGACUCAAUCAGUAAUUCUAAACUACUUUAUUUACUGUCUUAUAAUACAGAGACUCCAUCAGUACAUCUGUGCUCUUUGAACACCAGUACAGAACUGCAUCGGGACGCAGGUGGCGCUGUGGGUUAAACCACAGAGCCUAGGACUUGCCGAUCAGAAGGUCGGCAGUUCGAAUCCCCACGACGGGGUGACCUCCCGUUGCUCGGUCCCUGCUCCUGCCAACCUAGCAGUUCGGAAGCACGUCAAAGUGCAAGUAGAUAAAUAGGUACCACUCUGGGAGGAAGGUAAACGGCGUUUCCGUGCGCUGCUCUGGUUCGCCAGAAACGGCUCAGUCAUGCUGGCCACAUGACCCGGAAGCUGUACGCCGGCUCCCUCGGCCAGUAAAGCGAGAUGAGCGCCGCAACCCCAGAGUCGGCCACGACUGGACCUAAUGAUCAGGGGUCCCUUUACCUUUACUUUACAGAACUGCAUCACAUACAGAAGUGAAACUAACUUCCAACAGUACUCAGACUUCCUGUCUCACACUCACUCAGACACUCACAUGAUGUAUACAGAACAUAGUACAAUAGUAGCACUCACUGAAGCAUCUCGGAUAGAUAAAAAUCCUAACAUCACUCACCCAUUUUUAGGUAACCGUUUCUGUGUAAGCUAGUGCAGAAUCAAGUGACAUAAACAAACAGUUGUCAUACACAUAGUAUACCCCUGUUGUACCAGUUCCACUUUUGGAACUACCUGCAACUGGAUUGACCAGUUCAAACCUCUGGUUACCUGUCUUCCAUGGGACUAGAGCUUUUGCUCUAUCUUGGUCUGAGGAAACAGUGUUGACCCUUGCAACCUUCAGGUGUGGUUUUGUCUCUCCUGUGGACAAACCUGGUACCUCACUCAAGACCUCAGUGUCUGAAACAUAGUUUGAGUUGGGGAGAGCACUCUUGUGUUCGAAUUCUGCUCGCUGGUUUCCCACAGGCAGGUGUGUCCAGGGCGGCUGUCUACCAGCUCUCUCUGGUAUGCAGGCUGAGACCCUCCCUGCCCACAGACUGUCUCACCAGAGUGGUGCAUGCUCUGCUUUAUCUCCCGCUUGGACUACUGCAACGCGCUCUAUCUGGGGCUACCUUUGAAGGUGACCCGGAAACUACAACUAAUCCAGAAUGCGGCAGCUAGACUGGGGACUGGGAGCAGCCGCCGAGACCACAUAACACCGGUCUUGAAAGACCUACAUUGGCUCCCAGUACGUUUCCGAGCACAAUUCAAAGUGUUGGUGCUGACCUUGAAAGCCCUAAAGGGCCUCGGCCCAGUAGACCGGAAGGAACGUCUCCACCCCCAUCGUUCACCCUGGACACUGAGGUCCAGCUCCAAGGGCCUUCUGGUGGUUCCCUCCCUGCGAGAUGUGAGGUUACAGGAACCAGGCAGAGGGCCUUCUUGGUGGUGGCCCCCAUCCUGUGGAACGCCCUCCCAUCAGAUCUCAAAGAAAUAAACUGCUAUCUGACAUUUAGAAGACAUCUGAAGGCAACCCUGUUUAGGGAAGUUUUUAUUGACUGAUGUUUUAAUGUCUUUUUAAUCUUUUGUUGGAAGCCGCCCAGAGCGGAUGGGGAAACCCAGGCAGAUGGGUGGGGUAAUAAUAAUAAUAAUAAUAAUAAUAAUAAUAAUAAUAAUAGCCGGUCCCCAUGAGAACAGGAUGUCAGGCUCAAUGAGUCAUUGGCCUGAUCCAGCAGAGAUCUUCUGGGCCUGCAAUGUGACAAUAUCCCUCUUUCCUGUUUCCCUGCAGAAUUGCUACCAACACUGCUAGGAGGCUGAAAGAAAAAGGUAAUUAUUAAUAUCUGUGUGUGGAAGGGUCACGGCCUCACAAUCCAAGGGGGCCUGCUUGUGGGUACAUAGGUAGCUGCAAAGUGCUGUCCACAACAGAUCUCCAGCAUUUUAGACAAGGGAGCCUGUUCCUAAAUUCUACCUGGAGGCACCGGGGAUCGAACCUGCGACCUUCUGCCCCCAAGGCAGAUGCUCUGCCACUGAGCUACAGAUUAGAGAGAGGCAUUUGCGCACGCUUUUGUGUGAAGGACAUGGCCUGGUGGCGCUGUGGGUUAAACCACAGAUCCUAGGACUUGCCGAUCAGAAGGUUGGCGGUUCGAAUCCCUGCGACGGGGUGAGCUCCCAUUGCUCGGUCCCUGCUCCUGCCAACCUAGCAGUUCGAAAGCACGUCAAAGUGCAAGUAGAUAAAUAGAUAUCGCUCCGGUGGGAAGGUAAAUGGCGUUUCCAUGUGCUGCUCUGGUUCUCCAGAAGCGGCUUAGUCCUGCUGGCUACAUGACCUGGAAGCUGUACGCCGGCUCCCUCGGCCAAUAAAGCGAGAUGAGCGCCACAACCCCAGAGUCAGGGGUCCCUUUACUUUUACAGGGUUAUUAAACCUUUAAACUAAGCCAGCGUGGUGUAGUGGUUAAGAGUGGUGGACUAGUAAUCUGGUGAACCUGGUUCGCGUCUCCGCUCCUCCACAUGCAGCUGCUGGGUGACCUUGGGCUAGUCACACUUCUCUGAAGUCUCUCAGCCUCACUCACCUCACAGAGUGUUUGUUGUGGGACAGGAAGGGAAAGGAGAAUGUGAGCCGCUUUGAGACUCCUUCGGGUAGUGAGAAAGCGGGAUAUCAAAUCCAAACUCCUCCUCUUCUUCUUCUUGGAAGUGAGGAGAUUGGCUUUUGCAUAGGGUCAGCAAAUUGGGGGCAUGAGCCACAGAUUUGGCCCUGAAAUCCGUUUCAGUGGACGUGGAUUCCUCAAGGGUGUUUCUGAGCAUGUUCAAAACGCCCUGCAAUGAUUUUGUGUCGGCAGCAAUCGAACACUGCUCCAUUUUGUUGGAAUCUGCUUUGCAGUUGUUCUGGAGGGCUAACAGGACUCCCUCUCCACACCCUCCUCAAAUUUUGCAAGUUGACUGUUCAAGUCAGCCUGGAUUUCUGUAUAUUUUGUCUCUGUCGGACUGGAAUAGCUUGCUGUCCUGGUUCUUCUGGUGGGGAGAAGCUGCCUUUCUCCAGGGAUUUGUCCUGGCGUCUCUCCAAGGGCUUUUCGUAGAAUUAAAUCGCAGAAUCGUAAAGUUGAAAGGGACCACCAAGGAUCUAACUCCCUAAUACAGGAAUCACAGCUAAGGAAUCACUGACAGAUGUCAAUCCAGCCUCUUUUUAAAAACCUCCAAGGAUGGAGAGUCCAUCACCUUUUGAGGGAGUCCGUUCCACUGCUGACAGCUCUUGCCAUCCAAAAGUGCCUCUUAAGAAAUUAUGAUAUGAUAUGAUAUGAUAUGAUAUAUGAUAUGAUAUGAUAGAAUAAUAUAAUAUAAUAUAAUAUAAUAUAAUAUAAUAUAAUAUAAUAUAAUAUAAUAUAAUAAUAUAUAAUUUUUAUUUAUACCCUGCCCUCCCCAGCCAAGACUGGGUUCAGGGCGGCUAACACCAGGUAUAAAAACAAUUGAUUGAAAUACAACUUAAAAACAAGAUUAAAAUACAACAUUAAAAUGCAGCCUCAUUUCAGUAGGAACUCAAAUCAAAAACUUUUUGGGGGGAUGAAAACGUCAAAUCUUCACCAAAGCCAAGUAUCCAGACUGGUCCUACAUGGGCCAAAAAAAAAAAAAGCCAGGGAAGUCCCCAAGUAGACUAUGACUUUCCUUGAUCUGGACACUCGACUUGCGUUGAUGCAGCCCAGAACUGCGUUUGCUUCCACUUUCAUUUUCCAAUUCCCACCUCUUCCCCCUGCAGAUGGAACCAUAGUCGACGCUCUGGUUCUGGAGGCUCCUUACACCAACAUCCGGGAUGCAGCUGCCACCAUCCCCGUUACAAAA